AUGUUGAAGGAGUUAAAGCCUUAUAUACUAAGCAUAUUUUGCAGCUUCUGCUAUGCAGGUUACAAUAUUGUCUCCAAGGUCUCUCUGGAUGAUGGCAUGAGCUUCUAUGUUUUGGUUGUUUACGCUCAUGGCUUUGGAACUUUGGCCACUGCUCUUCUUGCUCUUCUCUUUGAGAGGAAUAACGAAAGCAAACUAAGCAUCCAAAUCUGGAGAAACAUCUUCUUUCUUGGCCUUUUAGGAGCUCUGCUGGGAAGAACACUGUUUUUUGCAGGAUUAAAAUACACUUCACCAACAUUUGCUUCAGCCAUGGCCAAUGCAAUUCCAGCCAUCACCUUUAUCUUGGCAGUUUUAUGCAGAAUGGAGAAACUAAAGAUUUCAGAAGCAAGUGCUCAAGCAAAAAUUGUGGGCACUGUUGUUGCCUUAGCUGGUGCAACACUUAUGACUCUAUACAAGGGUAUUGUGGUAAUUUCCUUACCGUCGUCCUCUGGACACCAUAAGAAGAAUCAGAGUGUUGGUAUCAACUUAACAUUUUUCUCAGAUGCAGAUUGGAUAAAAGGCUCUGUCAUGCUCUUCAUUUCAUACCUUGCAUUAGCUGCAUUCUUCAUCUUACAGGCGUGGACAAUCAAGAAGUAUCCAGCACCAAUAACUCUCACAUUCUUAACUUGCUUAGCAGGAACUUUACUUGCGGCAAUAAUGACUGCUAUUCUUGAUCAUAAACCUUCUUCCUGGAAAUUGUCCUGGAACAUCAGCCUUCUUGCUCCUGUUUACAGUGGAAUUGUUAUAUUUGGAAUCACAGUAUAUUUACAAAUGGUUAUAAGGGAAAAAGGUACAAUUUUCAUGACAGCAUUUAGAUCAUUGGCAACAGUAAUUGUAGCUGUUAUGGGACUCCUCAUUUUAGGAGAAGAACUCUACUUGGGAAGUAUUGUGGGAUCAGUAUUGAUCGUUCUUGGUUUGUAUGCAAUUCUAUGGCAAAAGAUUAUGAGAAAAAGAAGAAAGUCUUGGAGCUCAUGGUUACAAUAUGUCUCCAAGGUCUCUCUAGAUGUGGCAGGCUUCUAUGCUUUGGUUGUUUAUGCUCAUGGCUUUGGAACUUUGGCCACUGCUCUUCUUGCUCUUCUCUUUGAAGUUCUUACGCUUAACGCGUUGAAACCGUGCCACGUUGAGACACUUUUGAGGCGAGCAGUGGAGGAUAUCGAUAGGGCUGCAGAAAGAGUGUCUGUUAAGCAACUUAAGUCUAUGGAGGAAGAGAUGAAUUUGGUGUCGAGUGAAGAAAAUCGUUCUGUCGUGGCGAUUGUCACCUUGGAUGAUGCAAAGGAGGCAUUUCAAUGUAAGCAUCUUGCUUAUGAUAGAGCAGGGGAAGAACAUUAUAAUGUGAUCAGUGCGUUACAUAAGUCUAUGAGGGGAAAUGAUGCUAAUGCGGCUAUAUAUUGGUUGGCAAGAAUGUUGGAAGGAGGCGAACAGCCUCUUUACAUUGCAAGGCGGUUGAUAAGGUUUACGAGUGAAGAUGUUGGAUUGGCUGAUCCAUUGGCACUUAAUCAAGCUGUGUCAUGCUACCAAGCUUGCCAUUUCUUGGGUAUGCCUGAGUGCAACGUGAUUCUAGCGCAAUGUGUGGCCUGUUUGGCUUUGGCUCCUAAAUUAAUAUCUGUUUACCGUGCAAUGGAGGUUGCAUAG